AUGGCGUGUGUGCGCAAGAGCUUGUUUGUGUAAGUGGUGGGGGCAACGUUCGUCCAGUUUAGGCCGAAUGUCCAGGUCAACUGAGAGUUUGUGUAUGUGAGCGUGUGUUUGUGUACGUGUGAAAGACAGUGAAUGAGAGACACCAAGUCUAAGCCGCGUCCUCCUAGCGCAAUGUGUGUUUGCCAGGAGGAGAGCCGGUGGGUAUACGACGUUCCCAGUGUGACCGGCUGGGAGGAGUGGCGGCCGUGGAUAGAAGGGCAUAACUGGCAGGGUGCGGUCACAGCUUGCGACUGGUCUUGUGGAUUACUUCAAUUCCCAAUUCAGCAGGAGACAGGGACUCAUUCAAAGGCAACCGCGGAAGCACGAACUGCCACGAGGAUACCCCUUUGACAGCUCACUGUCAACCUCACGCCACCGGCUCUCCAGAGAACACACGUGCGGCUGCUCGGGCUUAUCGUUAAAUAAAUGGACUUUCCUGCUCGCGCUCAUUUACGCGUUUUACUCCAGAGACUGAAGUUCCGCGGCGUUUGGCCACCGGACACUCGGUGUCACAGAAUCUCUGCUCGGGCGACUUCUUUCCCUGUUACAUGACUGCCUUCGCGUUGACAUUUGAGAGCGAACGUUUUUGCGCACCGAUAAUGACGCGGGUCAAGGUGAUACAAAAUUAAAAGUUGUAUCCUCCACCCCCCACCAUCUACCCCGUGGGGGGAAUAAGGAGGGGGACGAGGGGUAUUUUCAAACUCAACGGCGACCUGUGCCACCUUACCACUCCCUACCGGAGUGCCCGGCGUUGAGGGUGGAAUGCGGCUCCAACUGUUUUUGGGGGUGUUCAGUGUCUGCGCCCUAGCUUUCUCACCUGUGGCGGACGGCUGUGGACCAGGGAGGGGAUAUGGAAAGAGGCGUCCGCCGAAGAAACUCACACCCCUCGCCCUGAAGCAGUUCAGUCCGAACGUGGCCGAGAAGACGCUGGGAGCCAGCGGCAGAUACGAAGGGAAAAUAACCAGGAAUUCCGAGCGAUUUAAAGAACUCACACCCAACUACAACCCCGACAUUAUCUUUAAGGAUGAAGAGAACACGGGGGCGGAUCGGUUGAUGACACAGCGCUGCAAGGACAAGCUGAACGCCCUGGCCAUCUCGGUAAUGAACAUGUGGCCGGGGGUGAACCUGCGCGUCACGGAGGGCUGGGACGAGGACGGCCACCACUCCGAGGACUCGCUGCACUACGAGGGCCGCGCCGUCGACAUCACCACCUCCGACCGCGACCGCAACAAGUACGCCAUGCUGGCCCGGCUGGCGGUGGAGGCCGGCUUCGACUGGGUCUACUACGAGUCCAAGGGACACGUGCACUGCAGCGUCAAGUCAGAACACUCUGUGGCAGCAAAGACAGGUGGCUGUUUCCCCGGCAACUCCCUGGUGACGCUGGAGGGAGGGGCCAAGAAGCUGAUGUGCGACCUUCGACCCGGGGAGCGCAUCCUGGCCUCGUCCGGCAGCGACGGCAGCGGCGAGCCGCUCUACAGCGAGGUCGUGACCUUCCUGGAUCGGCAGCCCGACGCUCAUAAGACGUUCUACACGCUGGGCACGGCGCGGGGCGCCAACCUCACCCUGACGGCCGCCCACCUGCUCUUCGCGACGGACGCGGCCGACUGCUCGAGGAGCGCGCUCAAGGAGGCCUUCGCCAGCGACGUGCGCCCCGGCCAGUGCGUGCUCACCUACGGCCAGGGGGACGAGGAGCAGGAGGAGGAGGAGGAGAGGGAAGAAGGGACCCAAACGCGGAAGGGGGGGGUGCGCAGGGGACACCUGACGCGGGUGACGUGGGUGGAGGUGCGGGAGGGGAGGGGCGCGUUCGCCCCCCUCACUCGCCACGGGACGCUGGUGGUGGACGACGUGCUGGCGUCCUGCUACGCCGCCGUGGACCAGCAGUGGCUGGCGCACUGGGCUCUGGGCCCGCUGCGGGCACUACACAGCCUGGCAGGGUCAGCGUUCGGACCUGGGACGGGCACACACUGGUACGCCCGGCUUCUGCACUGGGUCGGGUCGGUGCUGCUGGACCCGUCGCACUUCCACCCCUGGUGGAAGAUAGGAACAAUCUGAGGAGGAGAGGAGAGGAACGGAGAGACUGAAUGAAGAGACUCCGAGACGAGUUCAGGUAAACGGAAAAGAGGAGUGUAAAUUGUGAAAAUACGGACAUUCGUAGAGUGAUGAAGUCAGGAAACGGAGAUGAAACGAUAAAAAGAAAGCAAAAA